GGCCCGCGUGAAGGGUGGGGACAGAGGCCGGGCCCACGGCGCGGCCACACCGGACCGCAGCGGGAGUUUGGGCGCCCUGCACCCGAGCCAUGGGGCGGCUAGUGACUAUGAGCUUGCUAGGAAUAGCUGUGGCGCUGCUGGGGGAGAGGCUGGUGGCGCUCAGAAAUCGACUUAAAGCCUCCAGAGAAGUGGAAUCCAUAGACCUUCCAAACUGCCACCUGAUUAAAGGAAUUGAAGCCGGUGCUGAAGACAUUGACAUUCUUCCCAAUGGCCUGGCUUUCUUUAGCGUGGGUCUAAAAUUUCCAGGACUCCACAGCUUUGCACCGGAUAAGUCUGGAGGCAUACUAAUGAUGGAUCUAAAAGAUGAAAAACCGAGGGCACUGGAGUUAAGAAUCAGCCGAGGAUUUGACUUGGCUUCAUUUAAUCCUCAUGGCAUCAGCACUUUCAUAGACAACGAUGACACAGUUUAUCUCUUUGUUGUAAACCAUCCGGACUUCAAGAAUACAGUGGAAAUUUUUAAGUUUGAAGAAGAAGAAAAUUCUCUGUUGCAUCUGAAAACAAUCAAACAUGAGCUUCUUCCAAGUGUGAAUGAUAUUGUAGCUGUUGGACCAGCACAUUUCUAUGCCACCAAUGAUCACUACUUCUCUGAUCCUUUCUUAAAGUAUUUGGAAACUUACUUGAACUUACACUGGGCAAAUGUUAUUUACUAUAGUCCAAAUGAAGUUAAACUCAUAGCAGAAGGAUUUGAUUCAGAAAACGGGAUCAGUAUUUCACCUGAUUUGUACAUCUAUGUUGCUGAUACAUUGGCUCAUGAAAUUCAUGUUUUGGAAAAACAGCCUUCUAUGAAUUUAACUCAGUUAAAGGUUCUGCAGUUGGACACACUGGUGGAUAAUUUAUCUGUUGAUCCUUCCUCGGGGGACAUCUGGGUAGGCUGUCAUCCGAAUGGCCAGAAGCUCUUCGUCUAUGACCCGAACAACCCUCCCUCAUCAGAGGUUCUUCGCAUCCAGAACAUUCUAUCUGAGAAGCCUACAGUGACCACAGUGUAUGCCAACAACGGAUCUGUCCUCCAGGGAAGUUCUGUGGCAACAGAAUAUGAUGGGAAGUUGCUCAUAGGCACUUUAUACCACAGGGCCUUGUAUUGUGAACUCUAAAUUGUAUUUUUGGUGUAUAAAUGUGACAGUUUUUUCCUAACACCUAAUUUGCUACAUACAUAUUGCUAUUCUGUGGGAAUUUAGUCAGCAAUAUUGACCUAGAAAUGGAUGGCAAAUAGAAUAACUUUGAUUUCAAAGUCAGAAAGGCCCCUUUAGUUCUUAUAGCACUUUCACAUAAAGGGAGAUGAAUAUAUAUUUUCAUGAUGCUAAGCCCAAAAAAGAGAAAAAAGCGGCUUUCCCAUAAGGUGAAUACACUGCACAAAACAAGCCUCACUUUGUCCCUCCAGCAACAGAACAUGGAAGAGAGGGAAUUACGGUGUAAAUGUGACCUCAGUUCCUACAUUGUGACCACUGUGAGUGUUCAAAACUACUGACAUGUAACAUGUUUUGAUGUUUUAUACUUACAUCUUAGUUUACUGUUAAAGAAUUAGUUAUAUUAAAGACUAACUGAAAUUCAA